AAAAUAAAAAUUUAAAACAACACAAAAAAAUAAAAUAAAUGAUGCUGGAACCUUGGUGUGUUUUGGUCUGGUUGUUGAAAGGAGCUUGACAGAAUAGAGAAAAAAGGAAAGAAAAGAAAAGGGAAAAAAGGACAAAAAAAGGGAAACGUUUAAAAAUUUGAAAAAAUGAUUAUGGUAAGAUAGAAUAAAAUGAAAUGAUGAAAGUAAAAUAGAAUUUUAAAAUUAACAAAAUAGUUAAAAAUAUAUUCAAAGAUGAAUAAAAAUCUUUUUUAUAAAAACGGAAAAUAAAAAUAAAUUUUUUCUCUUUCUGUAUUCAAGAAUAAGAAAAGAAAGAAAAUUGAAUAGAUGGAGCAGCAAACAGUGAAAUAUGAUUGAAUUUAUAUCUGAUUUCCCUUAGAAGUCAAACUAUGAAGCACUUUAUAGUCCAUAAAUUAAUCAGGCAGAGAGACUUGUGUUCCUCAAGAGCAGGGCCCAGUUGGGCGGGUCUUAGUGUAAUGUCUCUGUUCUCCACUAGAUGGCGCUGCUUAGCUUACUGGGGUGGAUUGUGGCGCGUGUAGGCGUGUGCGUGUAUGCGUGGGACGGGAGAAAAUGGCGUCACCCAGUCUCUAGUAUCAGAAGUUUGUGCUUUCACCCCGACCAGCAAUCAAGCACCCCUCCUUUGUCUCCGGCUUCCAUCCACUCUCCGCUUCUACACUGUCAGUGACCAAGCUGUCAGGCUGCCCGGCAGCAUCUCCUCCUGAGUUUUAUCUCAGAUGGGGCUGUGUUUCCCAAUCCCUCACUUUUGAGGGACUGUGGCUUUGACCCGCUCAGACCCUCUGGGGGAGGGUCUCCCCAAGAAAAGGCCAGGUGCCCGCCUGCCCGCAGGUACAUUUGUGAGACUGUGCUGCUGCGGAUGCCCAGAGACUGCGCGCUGGUGUCAGCUCGCCCCAGAAAAAGUUUGCACAAUCUUGUAGCAGCAGUUUUUCGGGGAUUCUGGUAAAUUGCAACACUUCUGGCACCAGGCUUCACCCUUAACAUCCUUGUUCCAGCGCCAGCGAAUGUAGCCAUUCUCCGGGGUCCACUGGGACCUUUGCUGUGAGGAGGCCACAUAGCCUCCCAGCAGGGUAUCCACCUCUCUCCAUGUGGCCCAAGAACCCCUCGGACGCGCUAUCUGCUGGGGAUUCGUCCUUCCCACCAGAGCACCACCAGCACAGCUCGUCCUCUUUGUACAGCCUCUGGCUUCAACCACUGAAUCACAAAUAUUCUCCAGCUGGGAAUCAAGCAAGGGCAGACAUGAACCCAGAAGCCCAACAGGAUGUUUCAGUUUCCCAGGGAAUUCGCAUGAUGUUUUACAUGAUGAAGCCCAAUGAAACGUCAUUCCAAACACUGGAAGAGGUACCCGAUUAUGUAAAACAGGCAACUCCAUUUUUCAUUUCCUUAAUGCUUCUUGAACUGGUUGUCAGCUGGAUUCUCAAAGGGAAGGCACCAGGUCGUUUGGAUGAUGCAUUAACAUCAAUGUCAGCCGGCAUUCUUUCUCGGCUUCCAAGUUUGUUUUCCAGAAGCAUCGAACUGACCACAUACAUUUAUAUCUGGGAGAACUACAGGCUCAUCAAUUUGCCUUGGGAUUCUCCAUGGACUUGGUAUUUAACUUUCUUAGGAGUUGAUUUUGGCUACUACUGGUUCCAUCGCAUGGCCCAUGAGGUUAAUAUUAUGUGGGCUGGACACCAAACCCACCACAGUUCUGAAGACUACAACUUAUCCACAGCACUGAGGCAAUCUGUUUUCCAAAUAUAUACUUCCUGGAUAUUCUACUCUCCCUUGGCCCUCUUCAUACCGCCUUCAGUAUAUGCUGUUCAUCUUCAAUUCAAUCUUCUCUACCAAUUUUGGAUCCACACAGAGAUCAUUAAUAACCUUGGUCCUUUGGAACUGAUUCUUAAUACUCCUAGCCAUCAUCGGGUUCAUCAUGGCAGAAACCGUUAUUGCAUUGACAAAAAUUAUGCUGGCGUUCUUAUUAUAUGGGAUAGAAUUUUUGGGACAUUCGAGGCAGAAAAUGAAAAAGUUGCAUAUGGUCUAACGCAUCCCAUUAAUACAUUUGAACCAUUCAUGGUGCAGUGCCACCAUUUAGUUUACAUAUGGACUACAUUCUGGGCCACACCUGGAUUCUUCAAUAAGUUUUCUGUCCUAUUUAAAGGACCAGGAUGGAGUCCAGGUAAACCAAGACUUGGACUAAGUGAAGAAAUCCCAGAGGUCACCGGGAAAGAAGUUCCCUUUUCAUCAUCGGUGUCUCAUCUAUUGAGGAUAUAUGUAGUUGUACAGUUUGCUUUGAUGCUAGCAUUUUAUGAAGAGACCUUUGCAGAUAAAGCUGCACUAUCACAAGUUACCCUCCUUCUGAGGGUUUGCUUCAUUAUUCUGACAUUGACCUCCAUUGGAUUUCUUCUGGAUCAAAGACCUAAGGCAGCUGUACUGGAAACUUUCCGUUGCUUGGUGUUCUUAAUGUUGUGUAGAUUUGGUCAUCUGAAGCCUUUCACUCCUUCUUUGUCAUUUGCUUUAGAGAAUGAAGAAAACAUUGCCUGCUUCCAUGAGUUAUGUGAAAUCCUUUGUAAAUGCUAAAGCUUAUCGUAUUAGUUGUUAUAGUCUCAUUAUAUGUGAUAUAUUAGUAUGAAUAUCAGUCAAUACAGGAAUGUCAAAGAACUUUGCUUAGCAGAGAAGUAUUGUCUGUUUUUAUUAUUGAGCGUUUUGACUUGUAAUUCAGAAAGCUCUAAUAGAAAUUAAAGACAUAAGCUUUGUCCCUAAGAAGCUCUCAGUAAAUUGAUACAUGCCAGUGAGGAAACAGUUGCUGUGCAUAGUGAAAGACUCUGUGAACUGGGUAAGUAUUAAGUGGCUGCUGUAGGAAUAUAGAAGGGAUAUCGAACCCUCUCUGGUAGUUCAAAUGAGGUAAACGUGAUCACAGACUUAAAGAAAAAUGAGAGUAAAUUAAGCAGAAGAGGGGGAAGAAUACAUUUUUAAGGGGGGUUGGGACAUGUGCAAGGUUAAGGCAAAUUUUCUGUGCUUGAGGAGUAACAAAUGGCUUGGAGUGAUGGGUGCAUGCAUGAAGAAUGGGAGAGAUAUGAUUAGUAAGGCACAUAUAGGCAGAAGAAGCAGAAUUUACCCUGCUCUCUAGAUAGGAGAAGAAGUGAAAUUCUUUAGAGAAGUAAGAUGAAUAGAGUUCUUUGCGAAGAUUUUUCUCACAGCUUGUGGGUGAUGGAUGGAGAGCUGCAGGGAGGCACUGAGAAAGGGGGCCAGAAAAACUGGAAGCACAGAACAUAGUGGGGAAAUUUUUACGUAUUUAGAAAGUAAGGCUCGAAUUAAGUUAGACUGAAGCAUUAGGCAUGUGUGGGAUUGACUAGAGAGAGAUUUUAGAGAUAAUCUCUAUUAGCUUGUUUACUGAUUGGUCAGAGGUAGGGGUGAAGGAAAGACGAAUAUUGCAUAGUCUCCUAAAUUUCUGGGUUGAUGACCUCCUACUCUCGUUGAACGUGGCAGCUGGGAAAGGACAGAGAUUUGAAGGGCCAGAUACUGAGUUUAUUUGUUGGUAUGUUUAUGUGACAUGCCUGAAUCUCAGCUGCAAAUCUGAAAUUCAGGAAAACUGGUCAGGCCUGGAAGUAUAGAUUUGAGUGUCAGUUUGAAGGUGGUCAGAAAACCCAUCUGCAUAGAAGCAAUUGCCUUGUAAAAUUUUUCAUUGUUCUUCAUUUUGAUGCAAUUACAUGAUUAGGUAAUUUUAAUGUCUACUUUCUGUAGGCUUCAUAAGAAAUAGAGUCUAGUAUACAUUAGUGAUAUAUUUCAAAACAUCCACAUUAGUUUUAAAACAAGUAAAUUAAAGAGUCAUGUUGUGUUAUAUUGUACAUUGAUCUGUCCAUCUAAGAAAAAAGUUCUAUAUCAGCCACUGCCAUUAUCAUUUUUAAGGUAAUUAUUUUUAAUUAUACUUACAAGUAAAUGUGUAUGCCUGUUUUAACUUUUGCCCAUGUGAUCAAAUGGAUGAUUCAAAGUUUUUCCAAAUAAAUGGCUUUGGCUUGAAGACAAGGUAUGUCAAACAAGAAUUCAAACAUUUUAGGGUCCCAAAGCAAUCCAUCAUAAUUAAAUAUAAAUUAUAGCUUUAUCUUUCACAAGAUAAUUAGAGCUAGGUGACUAGACUGGACAUUAAGGUAGUAUAAUAUAUGAAUUUCAUUAUCAUCGCUAGAUUUGUCUUAUUAGUGAGGGAAGGAUUGUACAGUUACACAUCAAAAAUAAUUUUUUCCUUUUGGAAUCACUUCAUCAUUGUUUCUUGUUUGAAUAUUUUUUUUAAAAAUUUUAAUGUUUAUUUCUUUGAGAGAGAGGGUGUGAGCAGGGGGAGGGCAGAGAAGUGGGGGCAGGGGAGGGAAGAGAGGAAGUAUCCCAAGCAGGCUUCACACAGAGCAGAGCCUGUUGCAAGGCUUGAACUUAAGAAGUAUGAGAUCAUGACCUGAGCUGAAAUCAAGAGUCAGACAGUUAACCGACUGAGCAUUGGUUGAAAUAGUCCAAAUGGUGGACUGUUUUAUAUAAAAAAGGAUUUCAUUACCUUUGUUAUGAUGAUUAUAACUUAUUUUAAUAAUAAUUAUACACCAAAGUGAUUUGUCUUAUUAGUGACGGAAGAAUUGUACACUUAAACAUCAAAAAUUAUUUUUUCCUGGGGUGCCUGGGUGACUCAGUCAGUUAAACAUUCUACUCUUGAUUUCUGCUCAGGUCAUGAUCUCAUGGUUUGUGAGUUAGAGCCUCGCAUGGGGCUCUGCAAAGACAGGUCAUGAUCUCGGGGUUGUUGUCUCAAGCUCUGCAUAGGGCUCUGUGCUGACAGUGUACAGCCUGCUUGGGGUUCUCUUUCUCCCUCCCUCUCUGCCCCUCCCCACUUCUGUGCAUGUGACUCUUUCUCUCUCAAAAUAAAUAAACUUUAAAAUAAUAAUAGUAAUAAUAAUAAUAAUAAUAUUUAUACACCAGAUGUGUAAGUUAAGUUUCUCCACUAGACCUUUCCAUUGUGACACUCUUAGCAUAAUAAAGUAGAAUUUCAGUUUUGAAGACAUAUUGUUCAGCCUAGAAGAAUUAAUAGAAUCUAAAAUAAUAGGUGAAAGUUUAAAUUGUACUAAUUCUAAAUAUUAAAAUCUAACCAUGUGAAACAUUAACAAUCCUUAACAGUGUCAUAAAUUAUUUUAACUUUUUAGCAAGGUGACAAAGAUUGCUAUAUUUUGUAAAGCUUUUUUUUACACAGUCAUAUUCUGUUAAAAGUAAAUUCGGGCUCCAGGCCAAGGAGAACUUUGGAGAACUUUUAAGUUUGAGAGACCGUCUCACAGCUGGAAAGCACCCCAAAGUGGAUUGAUCACAGAAGAAUAUGUUUUCCAUUAUCCAGACCUCUACCAAACUGUUUCUUGUAGCUUGAAAAUAAUAAAGAUUUUGUAGGCCCCAAGAGGUCUUUUUUGAUCCAUGAAUGAAGUUACCCUGGAUUCAUAUAACUAAAAUCUGACUUCCUUUCAACCAUUGAAAUUCAAAACCCUUCCAUUUAUUAGAAUGGAAUAAGAAAAGUCUUCCAAAAUGUCAAAACUUAGUAUUCUAAUGAAGUCAAUGUCAGUGCCUAUCAAAAGUUUUUAUUCCAUUUAAGGUGAGUACAAUAUGAUGUGAAAGGAAAUGUAAAAUGAGUCAUGGAAGUAGGUUAAUUAAAACAGAAUAUUAGAGGAUGAAUUCAGGUAGCCUUUAAAUUAUUUUUAACAUUUUUAAAAAUCAAAGUUAUACUUUUUUUUCCUCUUAGUUAUCACAAAAUUAUUUUAUUCAUAUUUCAAUGUUUGGAAUUUAUGAAUUUCCAGAAAAAUAAGAUAUUUGGGUUUUUGUUACUUUAAAUUUCUUGUUACCCAGAAUUUUGAGACAAGAAAAAAUCUUUCAAAAGUGGUUCUUCUGACCCAUCCGUGAACUUAUAAUGCCAUUUUAUCCAUGAUAUAUUGUACAUUUGUAGUACCUUUUUAUAGACGAAACGAAGCAUGAUUCAUAGAAUGUUCUAUGUGACUUAUCUAGACCCAGUCUCCAUUUUACAGUAAGCAGUGGAAGAGGUCAUUUGUUGUGUAUAAAUGUGGUACCCUAGUAACUUAGCAGUAUAUCUAAAAUAAAAUCCAAGUCAUCAUUUCAAUUCUAGAUCACAUAUAUCCAGAUCAUAUACACAGGAAUGAAAUUUUGAGGCAGUUUUUCUCAGAAUAAAAUUGGGAAUUGCUCUUAAGAAUCAGUUACCAUCAGAGUCAACGGAAAUAACUACAAAAUCACAAGGUUUGAGAAGUGGCGCAAUCACCCAUCUUGCCAGGUGAAAGAAAUUGAUGCAACAUGUUGAACUUUGAUCAUUCAUGUUUCACUAGCGAACCUAAACGCACAGAGAAUACUUUACUUAAAUUGCUUACAAGAAAUGCCAACCCUCAUCUCUCCUUAUCAAAGAGAUGAAGAUAUGGGAGAAUAAAAAAAACCCUGCAGAUUAUCCUUAAAUCUUAUUUUAGACAAUAUAUAUUUUUUUACUUCCUGUCCUAUCAAACUAUUGUUUUUACCCAGAUUUCUUAACAGAAUUGCCUUCUCCCUGCCCCUGUCUGCCCUCUUGUGGAGAGCAGCAGCAGGAUACAAAGUAAGGAGAAAGACACAUGGCAGAAUAUUCAUGGUGAGAUGAUAAGUACUUAAGAUAGGUGUUACCACAUGUCACUAGAUGAUAAUGUCUGGUGAGAUUCUACAUAUUUCAAAAUAAUGCCCUAUUUUUAAUAUUGCAUUUAUUUUUAACUACUGAAUCUCAGUUGGCUCACUCUGCUCUAAGAUUGCAAGAGGGAAUCCCAGAGGAAAGGAAAAGCAAGAGGAAAUUGUUAUCCAAUGUACUUUCCAGGGUUUAACAAAACCAUUGGCCAGAGUUGAUUUUCUUAUUAAAUGUUGGUGCUUUGUGUAAGUGAAAGAGUAACAAUACCUCAUGUUUUCAUCAGAAUAUUUGUGAGGGGAGGAGGAGAGGGAGAGGGGAAUUGGAGAAGACCUAUCAUUUCCCAGAUCUGUUUAAAUAACUUGAUUAAUAGCUUCAUCUCAGUUUAUGCAGGCUGCAUCCUAAACCAUAAAAGUUUCUGUUUCUUUGGGUUUAUUGGACUAUUAAAAAAUCACAGCCCAGUAAAGGUUCAGUCAGGGACUUUUGAAAAAGAUAAACAGAACCUUUGACUCAUAACUAAUAACUGAAUAAAUAAGAUUUUUAUUAUAAAAUCACUGGGAAAAAACCCAAAUCCUUCCAUUGUAAAAUCUCCCCUAUAUUUCCAUAAUAAAACUGAUGUGACAAACCAUUCAAUGAUAAUGUAAUUAAGAACUCAAAAUUGUUCAGUUUUCCUUAUACCCAAAGAUGUGAGACUGUACCCAGUAUUUCUGUCCUGGUUUGGCCUUGUGCCUCAGUUCCACUCUUCCCUCCACAGCUGUUUGCUGGGUGUAUUCCUCCUUAAGUAACAGGGCUCCAUGGAGAAGACCCCAAGGGGACUGAGGGAAUGAAUUACUGGAGAAAAGAAAGGGAUGAAAGAGACUUUAAAAGAUGAAACAAAUGUUAGGAGUUUAUGUAGGUCAAGACAUUUAAAUUUCCUUUUAUUUAUAUUGUAAUGUGGGGAUUUUCAGCUGCUUUGAGCAGAGAGCCCACUUAUUUUAUAGAACAAAAAAAUUCUGAGGAUACUGCCAAGCACUGGAUAAGGGUGUUGACUUGGUCUGAUUAUCUGUAAAAGGACUGAUGGUUGAACUGACAUAAAUUUAUGUAUUGGACUUGAGACCCCAGGAGUUCAUGGAAAAUGAUGUUAGAUAUUUUGAGCUAUUAGAGACAUGCGUACAGGACUGUUCUCCUGCAGGUAAAUAGCAUCAUUUUAAUGAUAAGUAGAAGAGAUGAAAAGAAACAUAUUUGAUCCCCAUAUUUAAAUGACAGCAAAAAGCCAUAUGUGUGUGUGUGUGUGUUUGUGUGUAUAUGUGCAUCUAUACGUUUAUAGAAGUAUAGAUCCACAUGUAUUUUUAUCUUUCUCUUCUACCUAACAUUCUUAAAAGACAGGGCCAACUUAAUAUUCCGUUUUUUCCAUAGCCUGCAUCAAGUUCCUCACGCUCCACGUCUUUCUCCUGCCUUUCAGCACCUUCAUAUCCCUCACAUUCUUUUAUGGCAGAGCACAACUCUCUCACUUUUUCUAACAAGAAACACACAUUGCAGUUAAACAGCCGAGGUCAUCCCCAUGCUCGCGUCACAGGUCAAGCAAGAUCACUUACAUUUUUUAGGGGGUCACUUCUUCUCACUGGGUGGGAUGUGACCUUUUUUCUUUUCAUAGAAAAGAAACCACCCCAGAUGUUCACCACCCCUUCUCCUUUUUUUCCAUUCUCUUCUUCGUUUGUUGCCAAACACACAUACUUAGAUGUCAGUCCUUUUGCUAGUUAUCUUCCACUAUGUUAGCAAAAGGUUGAUCUUUACUUUAGUCUGGUGUAUUGCAAAUAAAAAGGGAACAAACAAAGGAAAGAUUCAACUGGUAUUUAGAAUCAACUUUAGGCCACAGGUGCUCAUUUUUCAACUUGAAUAUAUAAUUCUGAAAACUCCUUGGUAUUUUCAGUGUAUUCUAAAGUCAUUAUUAAGAUUAUUCUGUCUGCAUCUGUGUAAGCAUCUCAAUGUCAUGUGGGCUGCAUUUUUCUUGCGACCAUCUGCAUUUUUGUUGUCUUUUAAGGAGAAGCUCUAAGAAAGUGUUCACUUUCGUUCUUCUUGUGCGUAUUGAUCCUCCUGUUUCUUCAUUGACUAUCCCAGAUUACUUCUAUCUUUUGAGGUCCUUCACAUUUUCUCACCUAAUAAAACCAAGUUUGCAGGGGUUUUGAACUGAUUAAAAAUAUAUAGAUAAUUCUCCUCUUUUCAUCUUUUCUACGAGUAGUCAAGGACUGGCGUCUACAGAAAUGAUUAUUACUAUCGGUAAUAAUUUUAUGGCUUGAACCCUGCCUUCUUUAUAAAGCUCAACCCUUGUUGAUUGAUUUGUUUGGCCUGUAUUAAUUGAAAACAUAAUACAUGCCUGGUACUGCUCCAGAUAUUGUAGGUACAGCAGUGAACCAAAAAAACAAAAAAACAAAAAAAAACAAAAAAAAAAACCCAAAAAACAAAAAACCAAAAAACAAAAACAAAAAAGACUCUCUUCAUGGAGCUUACAGUCUAGUGAAAAUAGACCUUAUAAUUGAAAACAGCCAAUAUAUUGCAAAAUAAAUACUUGCUCUGAAACCACUACUGAACUGAAAGCCCUAUGCCAGUCAGACUGGUUUAUAUAUUCUUUACUCUUAUUUCCAGUGAUUUUAAUUUUUAAAUAACUUUUACAUUUUCCAUCUCUUUUACAUUCCUGAGUUUAUUUUUAUUAAGUUCUGGAGUUGGAACAAAAUAAUACAUUUUAAAAUAAGGAAAUCUGGCAAAAAUACCCCACACCUUUUGUCGCCAUACCAAUUUUACUAGGGAACAUUAAUACUCUAUAAAAAAAUCCAUAACCAACAUGAUUUUUUUUUAAAAGUCCACUGUCUAAUUUUUUGGCCAGAAGAAUAAUUCUGUAAAUUAAAAUCACAUUUCUCUUGAGAUGAAACAUUUCUUUCCAAGGGAAGUUUGUUCAUUUCAAAGGUGAAAAAUAUUUAUGAAGACCAAACUAACAGCUUAUCUUAAGGAAGAAUUCUAAAAUUUUACCCUUAAAAAAUCUAAUUAUAAAUACCAAUUAAUUAAAUUGAAAGGAUCAGUUAUUAACACUAUAAUUAUGAUUUUUUAAACUUAAAUGAUAGAAAAAAAAUCAUAGCAAACAUGUUUGUGCCCAAAAGAAUUUUAUCACAUCUCAUUAUGAGACAUCUGCAUAAUAUUUUUAAAUAAAUAAAAUAUUACCAAAAUACUUGAGGAUCUCUCUCUCUACACUCUUCCCUAAUACCAUUUUCCUUCUUUCAGCCCCAGAAGAAACUUCCACUGCAAAUUCAGUAAGAACUAUAUCUGGCUUUCCCAAGCCCUAGGCACUUUUGUCUUCUUGAUCCCCUCUCUCCAUAUUAAAUAUCUUAAAAACUUACAUUUUACAGCUGUAUUAGUUGAAGAAUGAAUAUCACCCAAGGAUUCAUUGUUAUACAUUAAGUGUUAUUAUAUUCACUCUUUUUCUGUUUUUAAAAGAAAUAAAAAUGAAAAUGUUUCUAUGGGCCCUUAAAAUUAUUGUGGGUUCUCAGCAUUGUGGCCUUUAUACCUGAUGCACAAAUCAGCCCUGAUUUCAACAUGUAUCAUCCUUUGGUUUUGCUUAUGUAUUCAUCUAUUAAGAUUAAUUCUUAAAUUGCCACUUGUAUGGUUUUUAGAUCAUGUUGUGAGAACUAGCAGCAUGUCCUCAGUUGUCACGCUCUGGCAUUUAAUAAAACUGUAUCUGCCUUUAUUUUGGAGAUAUUUUCCAUAUCUGCAUUUAGAUUACUAUCAAUGGCACUUUUAAUUUCACCCACUAACACAUACAGUUAUAAGACAAUAUACAUAUGGGAAAGGUUUUUUAUUAAAUGUACAGUUGUUUCUUAGAAUAUAAGAAGUUGUUUUCCUUUGUUCUUCAGCUGCAAAUUCCUGUGUGUGUGUGUGUGUGUGUGUGUGUGUGUGUGUGUGUGUUUAAAACAGAGAAGAGACAUAGAGAAGAGAUUCCACCGACUCUGUAAUAUAACUUGUAAUAUACAGCAAACUUACACUUAAACAUUGGUGUGUUUAGAGAUUAAACCCUGGAAAAAAAUGUGCAUUUUGCCAUGGAGAGCUGCUGUUUGGCUUCAGAGUUUAGUGCCAUAAUUUGUGUCAUUUUUUUUGGACAAGCAGUACUACAGAAUGUCAUCCACACCUUCAUGAUUUGCUAAUUUCCUCCAGGAGUUUUGCUCUUUCUCAUGCCAGUUGGUGGUAGAAAAAUAGCUUCUUCCAUUCAUCAGAUGAGGUAAUGUUCUGUUACUGGUCACAUUUGAAUGUACUAUGAGUGUUGUAUUUAAAUGAUAUCAGUGAGAAGAAAAUAGAUUUUCUUUCAAAGGUUAUUUCUGUACUUUCACUCAUUAAGAAUUUUAGAAUAAUUAUACUGACCUAUUUUCUUGAAGAUUUUUAAGUUUUCUUCAGCUUAAUUAAUUAAUGGAUGAACAAUGGCUAUACUGAAAAAAAAAGCUACUGUUUUGAGUCACUCAAGAUGGCAAUACCACUAUGAUAAAUUAAUCCUGACAUGUAGCUGCUAUGCCUGAGAAUAUAAUGUUCAACAUGUUCAAAUCUGGUUAAGCUAUUGAACGAUGGUUCCAGGCUCUGCUCCGUGUUACCCAGUAAAAGACACUCACCACUUUUGCUAUGAUGGACUCUAUUCUAGUGGACCUAUUUGCUAGCAUCUGAACAUACCUAGCAUUUCAUCACUUUGAUUUUCUUUUUUCCUCUCUAACAUUUCUACCUUUACCUCUAUGAUCUAUGUUUACAUGUUAACUACCUUUCUAAGUGUCAACUCAAAUGCUACAAAGUCCUUCAAAUCUUCCUCAUUUCCAACUGUAUUAUCUCCAUCUGUAUUAACCUCCAUUUCUCCCACAAUCAAAGUAUGUGUUGUCUUCUGAAGUCCCCUGUCUUUGUGAGUGUGUACUAGACGGUAGUCACAGCAUUCUUCACCAUGUUAUGCUUUGUCCAUAUCUCUUUUACAUGCUUUUAUCUGCUGAGUAUGGGCAAAGGAUAUGUUGAAUAUAUUCUUGUAAUCUAUAAAACUCUGAAUAUGGCUUUAGCUCUUUGCAAAUGCUUAAAUUAAAAACAGAUAUCAGCCUGUACUAGUCCUAGAUUCGGUGUUGAGAUACACAGUUGAAUAAUACACUGU